AUGGUGGCAUUGACCAUCCUUCUGCUUGUCAGCACAGCUUUUGCUCUGGGAGACACCUUUGCUCCCAUAGAUGGUAUCAUACAACUCAAGACCCCUUGUGAGCGUGCUCGAGAUGCCGCGCUAAGGCGCCCAAUUGGAGCCUUCAUCCCCACUUGUGACGACGAUGGACAAUACACCCCUGAGCAAUGUUCAGGCUCUACAGGUUACUGUUGGUGUGUCACCAGAACAGGACAGAAGAUCCCGGGUACUGAGACUCCACCAGGCACUGCUAUCAACUGUACUUCACAACAUGGUAUCAUACAACUCAAGACCCCUUGUGAGCGUGCUCGAGAUGCCGCGCUAAGGCGCCCAAUUGGAGCCUUCAUCCCCACUUGUGACGACGAUGGACAAUACACCCCUGAGCAAUGUUCAGGCUCUACAGGUUACUGUUGGUGUGUCACCAGAACAGGACAGAAGAUCCCGGGUACUGAGACUCCACCAGGCACUGCUAUCAACUGUUAG